GUCAAAACCUCAAACAACUCUUGUAACAGGAAGUCAUUGUGGUCUUUAAGCCCUCGCUCAUUCGUAGAUGCUGAAGUUAUAACAGCGGUGGCCUGUCACUUGACUCUAGAAGAGUUGUGGACAAAUUCUAAGGACGGAAAAGGAGUGUGCUAUCUGCCUGCUGAACUACAGGAACUAGUGAUUUCAUGUGGAAUAACACCCAAGAGG